CAAGUUUUUUUUUUUCCCCUUCUUUUGAACUUGAUCUCAAUCACGAUAAGAAUGGUUCCUCAGUAAAAGCCUCGUCUAUAGCCACGUUUGAGCUAAAACAAAACACAUGUAUGCCUUAUCCUCCCACCACGCGUAACUCUGCAUGCAAGUUUGCAACCACCUUCUCCUGCUUUAAAUUGGCUUUACGCAUUGCCUUGCAAAACCAAAACCCACCAAACAAACAGCAAUGUCCACGGCUCACAUACAAGUCACCGGCGAGCCAACCCACACGGGUACCAAGCUCGUCGAAACCGCUACGGCCGCCAUCCAAGGCUUCGGCCCGAUCAACCAAAUCCACCAGCACCUCUGCGCCUUCCACUUCUACUCCCACGACAUGACCCGCCAGGUGGAGGCCCACCACUACUGUGCCCACCAGAAUGAGGAGAUGAGGCAGUGCCUCAUUUACGAUGGGCCAGAGGCUGAUGCAAGGCUCAUCGGCCUCGAGUACGUUGUGUCAGAGAAUCUCUUCCUGACACUCCCGGACGAGGAGAAGCCACUCUGGCACUCGCACGAGUACGAGGUCAAGAGCGGCGUCUUGUUCAUGCCGAGAGUGCCGGGUGUGAUUGAGAGGCGGGACAUGGAGAAGGUGUGCAAGACGUAUGGGAAGGUGUGCAAGACGUAUGGGAAGGUGUGGCAUUUUUGGGAGGUGGACAAGGGGGACAACUUGCCUCUUGGGAUUCCGAGGGUUAUGAUGGCGUUGACCAGGGAUGGUCAACUGGAUGAGGUUUUGAAGAAGGGUGUGGAGGAGAGGUAUGGGGUGAGCUUUGACAAGGAGAGGGUGAAUCGGGCGUAUAUGAGUGGGCCCGAGCACGGGGUACAUCCCCUGGCGAACGGGGCAGGGAAAGGGUUGAAGACUGAGCUGAGAGAGACUGGUUGCGUUAAGCCUCCUGCUGAUUCUGUUUCUCCUGUUCUCAGGGCCUCUGUUUGAUUGUGUGCGAAUGGGAAAAUUAAUCAGUGAUAUAUCAAAUAGGGCUUUUCUAGUUGUGUGUUUCUUAAACCAGUAGUUGUAUUACCAUUUGUUAUUUUUGUAAUUUUGAAGUUAAAGGUGUGUGCAAUCUAAUCUUUGAAGUCAGCUUUUCGAACAGAAAAUUAAGGAAAUGGAUUUUGUGAAAAUAAUUUGAAAAACACG